AAAUUAUCAUACUAUUUUUUUAUACCCGAAUCAGAAUCAAGCUACUUUUUGAAUCACGACCCCUUAAACCCUACAGAAUUUGUCGCGAAAUUCUUGCAUUUCUACCCUCGAACCGCGUGCCAGACUUAUCAGUCACCUCCCUGCGAGAUCUCCAGCCAAGGAGAUGUCUCGAGUGGAGGAUUUGUGGGAGCGGUUGGUUCGGGCAGCACUUCGAGGCCGAGCACCAGGUGGUGGUUUGUAUCGACAGCCGGAGACUGGUCUAGCUGCAAAUGUUCCUUCCUCGCUUGGAAACAAGGACAUAGAUGACAUUUUGAGGGCUGCAGAUGAAAUUCAAGAUGAUGAUCCGAAUAUAGCCAGAAUUCUGUGUGAACAUGCUUAUUCUUUGGCUCAAAAUCUGGAUCCAAAUAGUGAGGGCAGGGGUGUAUUGCAGUUCAAGACGGGUUUGAUGUCUGUUAUAAAGCAAAAGCUAGCAAAGAAGGAGGCUGGAAGCAUAGAUAGAACCCAGGAUAUUGCUCGGUUACGAGAAUUUUAUAAACUGUAUAGACAGAAGAAUAAUGUGGACCGGCUAAGAGAAGAGGAGAUGGAGUUGAGGCAGUCGGGCGUCUUUAGUGGUAACCUUGGAGAAUUGGAGAGGAAAACAGUGAAAAGGAAAAGAGUCCUGGCAACUCUAAGGGUUAUUGGGAAUGUGUUAGGGCAGCUGACCAAGGAUGUUUCUGCUGAAGAAGCUCAAAGUUUAAUUCCUGAAGAGCUGAAACGUGUUAUAGAGUCAGAUGCAGCGAUGGCAGAAGAUACCCUUCCUUACAAUAUUAUUCCUUUGGAUGCUCCAAGUCUAACCAAUCGCAUUGCUUCUUUUCCAGAGUAUUUCAGGGGCCUCCCAAAAUUACCUGGAACAGUUGCUCCUCCUCCUUCAAGAAGCCUAGAUAUUUUUGAUUUUUUGCAGUAUACUUUUGGUUUUCAGAAAGAUAGUGUCUCAAAUCAGCGAGAACAAGUUGUUCAUCUCCUUGCAAUGAGCAAAGUCGGCUACGAAUUCCUGAAGACCCAGAGCCUGGCUUCUAUACUUGCUCCAGAUGUUUUUUGUGUCAGUGUAUGGGAUUUUCAUGAUUUUGUUUAAGUUGGAAAAGCUCCA